AUGUCACCUAUUUCUCUUUCAGCAAAUGGAACACAUAUCUCAAUGAAGAGAGAAUCUCUUGCAGAAGACUAUGCUGAUAAAAAGAAGAAACCUCCACACAAAUUCAUGUUGAAAAUCAAAAGCAGUCCUCUCGUCUUUCCUGCGAUUUCCCUUUCAGCAUACGGAAAGAAGAUUCCGGUGAACAGACACUCUCUUGCAGAAGACAAUGAAAAGAAGAAGCCAAUGAAAGCAACCACUAAUCGUCAACAUCAACCUCUUUCAGCAAAAGGAUCUCAAAACACAGUGAAGAGAAACUCUCUUUCACAAGACCUUGACGAUGAAUACGAGGAGAAUAAGAAAGCAACCACUGGGAACAACAAACAGGUACAGAUCAAGCCAGAAAGAAACAGAAACAAAAUAAAGAUAAUUUUUCUUCUGAAGAGGAAAACAAAGACAGUUAUAGAACAAGGUCAAUCCUCAAAAAUCUUCUGUGGUAUAUGCUUUGAUUCUGUAACAGACUCUAACAUGUUUUCAACUGGCUGCAAUCAUCCCUUUUGUACUAAAUGCAUAUGCAAGUAUGUGAAGAAUCAAAUAACAGAAAAAGUGGUGAAACUGAAUUGUCCUGAUCCAGAAUGUUCCGUACGUUGA